AUUUGCGCAAGCUCCCCGGGCAGCGGGCGUAAGUUUGUCUUCGCUCGGCCACCGUCCCCGCGCCGGGACGGGGUAUUUUGUCCGCCUGCCGCCUCCGUCCGAGCUGUUAGUCACCGAGUUCUAGGCCGCGGGAGCGUGGGGUGUGCGAGAGCCGGCUGGCGUUGCCGGCACCAUGGAGUCGCCUCUUAGCCCGGGCCUUUCUCACCGAGCGAACGAGGAUUGGGAUUCUACUCUGUUUGCUGAAUUUGGCUAUUUCACAGACACUGAUGGCCUGCAGUUGGACACGACAAAGGAAACUUACGAAAAUAAUUUUGAUACUCUUGAUUUUGACUUGGAUUUGAUGCCUUGGGAGACAGGCAUUUUGGACAUCAACAACCAGUUCUGUACAGGCAUUAAGGCAGAGCCUCAGCCACCUUCUCCAGCCUCUUCGAGUUGUUCAGUCUCCUCUCCUCAGUCCGUGGACUCUUGUUCUUCAACCCAGCACGUUCCUGAGGAGUUGGAUUUGUCUUCUGCUUCGCAGAUGUCUCCCCUUUCCUUGUACGGCGAAAGCUCUCAUAGUCCCUCCUCGGCAGAGCCACUGAAAGAAGAUAAGCCCAUCAUUGGCCCUAGGAGCAGAGUUGCAAAUGGGAUGACUCCAAAGAAAAAAAUUCAGAUGACUUCAAAACCUUCAAUUCAGCCCAAGCCUUUAAUACUUCCAGCAGCACCCAAGACUCAGACAAACUCCAGCGUUCCAGCAAAAACCAUCAUAAUUCAGACACUGCCAACACUGAUGCCAGUGGCAAAGCAGCAACCAAUUAUCAGCAUACAUCCUGCACCUGCUAAAGGUCCAACAGUAGUGCUCUCUUCGCCUGCCGUGGUCCAGCUUCAGGCACCUGGAGUCCUGCCCUCUCCUGCCCCGGUCCUUGCUGUCACCGGGGGAGCCACGCAACUACCUAAUCCCAUGGUGAAUGUGGUGCCGGCCCCUGUGGCCAACAGCCUGGCGAAUGGAAAACUCUCUGUGACUAAACCUGUCCUACAAAGCACCGUGAGAAGUGUGGGCUCGGAUAUGGCUGUACUAAGGAGACAGCAACGUAUGAUAAAAAAUCGAGAGUCCGCGUGUCAGUCCCGCAAGAAGAAGAAAGAAUAUAUGCUUGGCUUGGAGGCCAGGUUAAAGGCCGCGCUCUCGGAGAAUGAGAAGCUCAAGAAGGAGAACGGGUCACUGAAGAGGCAGCUGGACGAAGUGGUGUCUGAGAACCAGAGGCUUAAAGUUCCUAAUCCGAAACGAAGAGCUAUCUGUGUGAUGGUGGUGUUGGCGUUUAUAGUGCUCAACUAUGGACCCAUGAACAUGUUGGAACAGGAUUCCAGGAGAAAGAAUCCUAGUGUGAACCCUGCAAAUCAGAGGAGGCAUCUUCUAGAAUUUUCUGCUAAAGAAGUGCAAGACACAUCAGAUGGUAUCAUCCAGAAAAACAGCUACAGAUACGAUCAUUCUGUUUCGAAUGACAAGGCCCUGAUGGUGCUCAGCGAAGAGCCACUCCUCUAUAUCCCUCCCCCUCCUUGUCAGCCCCUGAUUAACACCACAGAAUCUCUCAGGUUAAAUCAUGAGCUUCGAGGAUGGGUUCACAGGCAUGAAGUGGAAAGGACCAAGUCCAGAAGAAUGACGAAUAAUCAACAGAAAACCCGUAUUCUUCAGGGUGCUCUGGAACAGGGCUCAAAUUCUCAGCUCAUGGCUGUCCAAUACACAGAAACCACUAGGAUCAGGAACUCAGGGAGUGAGCUGCAAGUGUACUAUGCAUCACCCAGAAGUUAUCAAGACUUCUUCGAAGCCAUCCGCAGAAGGGGAGAUACGUUCUAUGUCGUGUCAUUUCGAAGGGAUCACCUGCUGUUACCAGCUACCACCCAUAACAAGACCACAAGACCAAAGAUGUCAAUUGUAUUACCAGCAAUAAACAUAAAUGAGAACGUGAUCAAUGGACAGGAUUACGAAGUGAUGAUGCAGAUUGACUGUCAGGUGAUGGACACCAGGAUUCUGCACAUCAAGAGCUCGUCCGUUCCUCCUUAUCUCCGGGAUCAGCAGAGGAAUCAGACCAACACCUUCUUUGGCUCCCCUCCUGCAGCCACGGAGGCAGCCCAUGUCGUCAGCACCAUCCCGGAGUCGUUACAGUAGUGACGUGGGGCUGCGUGGGAAAACAGUGGGACUCUGCCAGACCGCAGAGCAGGGAGAGAUGCUCCUUCCUGCCUGCUUGGUGGCGAGCACAGAGCCGCCUCGCAGUGGGGUUCAAGGGAGUGGGAAAAGCUGUUUUUCACCAUCUGCCCUUCCACUUGGAAAGCACUGAAAUUCAGACUCGAGGGAGACGGCAUUUCUCCAGUGGCAGCUGCCUCCCUGUCCUCCAGUGCUGCCUGGGGUGGACUGUUUCCUGUACUUUCUGAAUUGCUGUCUCUUCUGUAUUUCUGUUGUGUUUAAAUAGUCAUCUUUACAGUAAGAUCCCCUUCCCUCCUCUGCCAUUUCACUUCUUGAUAAAGAGAUUUUUAUUUACAGCCGUGCAGCACGCCAAGUGUUUCCGCGGAUGAGCGUUCCCGUUGACUUCAUGCAAAUCCGUUGCGGAUAUUGUGCUGAUUGGAAAACAGAUUUCAGAACCGGAACAGCCAAAAAAAACACCCCCCCCCCCCCCCCGCCAAAGAGGUCAAAACAAUGUGGAGCUUUAGGCAAAAGGGGGGAGAAAAAGACUCCCCAUUGGGGAAGGUUGGUCUUUAGCUGGGAUUGUGGUUCAAACGUGACACUGAAUGUGUUGGGCGCCACAGGGAGGGCAGCAGGUUGGAGAGGACAAAAUGCGAGAGCGAGGUGGGCCGUGGGAGGAGGGGCAGCUCAGGUUUUGAUGCGAUUGUUGGAGUUUCAGAUUAAGCCACAGCAACCAUCUAUGCUGAGGCCGCUGAGCGUUAGCAUCUGAGCCUGUACGCUCUCAUUACUAGCCUGGUGCGGGUUCCUCAGGGAGCCCGGGACAGAUCCUUCACUUUUGCCGUGGAUUCCCACCCACUACCCACCUUCUGCUGAUAGCGACGUGAAGCAAACAGGUUUUCUUUUCUCCUGAGAACCGACAAGUACGUAUUCCUUAAGACAUGCAGACAGGCGAGCUUGCAUUCCUGUUUGGCCAGUGCCUCCCAUAACUCGGCAAUAAUUUUCAGCUUCUCCAGGGAAAAGACAGUGAAGGAAUUCACUUCUUUGUCCUCCCAUUAUUAAAAAAAAAAAAAAAAAAAGAAGAAGAAGAAGAAGAAAUAGCCCUACCACGUUCCUUUGUAUCUUGUUGUACUUUGACUACUUUCCUUUUUCUCUCUGAUGUUCUGCCUUCGGUUUCUCGACUGAGUCUUCCUUAUUCUCGUCCUGCGAGACUUUGCAAACACUGCUUCUCACCCUAAUCGCCCGGGCCGCCUCUUCCAGGGGACCGUGCAGCUGGGGCGUUGUCAGCCCGCACGGUCAGGCCUGGCUUCGAAAUCUGAAGAAUCGCUCAGGCUUCUGGCUCUGGACGGUGAUGCCCCUCUGCCCGAGCUAGUUGGAUGCUCUCCGAGGAAAUCAGUUUAACUUGCGCGUGCAGUGUGGGGGAGAAGCGCCCUGCUGCCUGGGUACCCGGCCGUCUGGAGUUGGCCGUGAUAACGAGCCUCGCUCUGCCCCACGCACAAGCCUCCCAGAGUCCGGGGCCAUAUCCCGGCAGGGACUGUCUUCCUGGGAUGCUCCAGUUGGAACGGGCGCCAGGACGAGAGGGCCGUGCCAACGAGACCCGCAGGUCACAGGACCGUCUUCUCUUGGAGUCUCUUCUCCGUCCCCGUGCCUUCCGUCCGUCGCGCAGAUCAGCUGAGAAAGCAGCGGUGGCCACGGCCAGUGGGAAGGUGACCUCGUUCCCCAGCCCCCGGCCUGCCGGAGCUGCCCAUAAGGGUGGCCUGCGCGUGCACCUCCCCGUCUGUCCCAGCUCUCCCUACCCGGCCGCCGGCAGGUGGCGGUCAUGCCGUCGCGCCCCCCCCCCCCCAAGGCCUCUCCUCCAGAUGGACGUGCGGGAGGGACAGCAAGGAGUCAUGACCUUCAGUGGCAGCCUGGGAGCCCCCCCCCCCCCACUCCCCCUGCUGACCCUCCAGCUCCUCGUGGUUUCCUGGCCUUGACUUGGUGUUUGGAGAUGAGGGAGCGGGCUUCUCAGGGUGCGGUUUCAGGAAGCCAGCGAAUGGCCGCUGACAAUUGCAAAGAAGUAUUCCACCGUCUGAGUUUCCAUCAAAGCCACUACUACUCCCUGGGCCCCACAGUGCUUUUGAUCUAACACGUGUAAGGCUCCCGCCAGUGAAGGCUGUCGGGAAAUAGCAAGCGGCUACACCUGAUUCAUUAAUACAGCAAGCUGGUGUUUUGGUUUGGUGUGCUGGUGAAAUCGCCUUUGGGGGGGUUGCAGCCAGGAGUUCUGCCCCCAGGAUAUAUAUGUGUACAUAUCAUUUUAAUUUAUUAAGUUUUUAAGUGGGGUUUUGCAAGCUGGCAGGGACUUGGUUAAACUAGAGCGGGCAGUCCCCCCAGGAGGUACAGGACCCUGUCCCCCUGGGGCCGCCCCCGCUGCAGUCUUGGGAAGUGAUGAUGGGGACGGCCAGGAAUGGUCCUUCACCUGGUGGCAAAUCCCACGUUUUUAGGCUUUUAAUGGAAGUAGGUGUUUCCCCGUGCGAACUACUGAGUCAGACGUAGGGGCUCCUUCCCCAGGGGGGGUGUUGAGCUCGCUCAGAACAGAUACGCAGCUGCAUUACAGUAGUAGGUGUAGACGGCCUCUUUCCAAAGUGAGGAUUUGUACAAGGAUCAUCUCGAAUCCAGUGUUUGCCAGGCUUGUAGUUGAGAAGCUUUACGUUAGAUUAUUGAGUGUCAGGGUUUGUCUUUUCACAAGUAAAAACCAAAAAAAUCUAACAAAACUAACUUUUUUCUAAAUGACUGCAGCCUCCCAACACCAAGUUGGCACGGCUUUGCCUUUUCUUGUUAGCAAGGAGUAGACACGGAGGUAUUUGAAAGCAGCACUGUUCUGUGAGUCAUUCUUGAAUGUUCUAAAUAAACAUUACUUAGAAACAGACAAGCAACUUGGGAUUCAAACUGAUUUUUCUAUCAUUUUUAAAGAGACACUGUCCCGACUAAACCUUCCUGGCUGGACCCUUCCUGCCGGGCAGGAGCCCGGUCGUCACAGCAGUGACCCCGACAAGACAGCCGUUGCUGUGGCAUUGGGGGUCCUGGACACUGGACGGCUGCCCAGCUCCUGCAACCUUUGCACUACUUUCUGGCUCCUGCCAUUUUCCUAAAGCUCAGGUUGUGAAACUUGGCAGAAAAAUAGCACAGGGAAAAACCCGUAUUUGACUUCGCGACACCGAAAAGUUUCACAGCAACUCCCACGUCAACUACCUACGAGGAGUGACCCCUUUUUUACUGACGAGCCAGAGUAAGACCCCCGUCCCCUGCAGUCCGACCUCCCGCAAGCUGUCCACCCAGGAACGCCCUCUCUCCACGGCGCACCAAUGGGCCGACUCCGGGCUACUGCAGCAGAUCCGCGGGAACCGAAGCUCCAAUGGAGCCUUUUAUACUAGCCGCUGAUUUAUACGAACUAACCUCUCAAGUACGACUGCCGAUGCCAGAAUCGAGAGAUGCUUAUUACCACCUGUGCACCCCACGCUCUUAACCAGAAUGUUAGUUUUGCCCAUCCUGAGUCAUUCUAAUCUACAGAAAGUAGGAUCUUUGCUGCUAAUAUGAACACUAAUUACGUACGUUAAAAAACAAGAAUAAAGCCUAAAGAAAGGAAAUGUGAGAAAUUUUCGUUUCUACCCCUAGUAACAUUUGGGGAGGGGGGCAGUUUCUGUGUCCCCCCCCCCCCACGCCCACUCCUAGGGGUUAUGGUCAACUUUUUAUUUUCUAGGAAAACAGGAUGCUGGACUGUGCAGAAGGAUGUUGCUGGAGUCCAGACGGAAAUAUGCACAUAACAGAAAUGCCGUGUUCUGUUCCCCCCAAACAGAAAUCGGAACGUAUCCUGUUAACUUCUAUUUUUAGUGACUAAGCUGAAAACAAAGUCUAUUUUAGAUAAGUCUCGAACUUUGAGCAGUUUGUUCUAAAUAGCUGUGUUACCUGUCGGGUUAUCUGUCAGAAUAAUCUGUAUAAAAAGAAGGACAGAGGCAUCUUGAUCGGGAAAUUUGGUCCUGUGUGUGGAUCGUGUCGUGGCUAGCCACUGGCGGAUAACGGACACCAGUCUCGACGUAACGGUUUGCUCACUUUAAGCAUUAAAGGUGCAGCACAUUAAAAGCCUCCAUUAUAUUAGUUUGGGGAACCAAGGAGUAAAUAAAUCCUGGUCUUUCAUUUGCCAAGGUCAACAAACAGCACACUGUGUUGCUUCUUGUGCCCAGUGCAGCUGGUGACCGUUAAUUAAACCCGGAGGCUUGAGACGGCCCCACAUGGGAACCCCAGAGAGAUGAGCAGGCUGACUUUCACAGUGAAUGCAGAUUGGACCAUUCCCCUCACCCUCGGCCCUAAAUGCCAGGCCAGCCGCCUGGAUAAGAGAUGAGGGGGACAUAGAAGGUGGGUGAAAACCGCCACGUACAUCUGGCCUUAAGACACCAAUUACUUAGUUCUCGUCACGUUGGCAAGUGUGGUGGGGCUGAGACCCGUGGUGCUUCACCCGAGCAGCCGUUAGGGCCCGAGGAGAGAGCGUUCACCAAGCCACAUCAGCGGGUUUUCCUUCCAAGAUCGUGUCCACGCUGAACAAAGAACAGGUUAAAAGACGAGGAACGGGCUAUCAUUCUCUCCAACGAUAGUUACGUCGGUUCAUGAUGCGUACAUGACACCAGAUUUAUGUGCUUUUAAGCAAGUCUUUAUAAGGCCAUGCUUGUUCUCUAAGAUUCAAAUAAAGGACUUUUAAACCUGC